GGUCAUCCACAAUGUUUUUACUUAGCAGUUCCUUAGAAGACAGUAAGGUUUCCUUUACAGAUCCAUAUGGUAAAUAAAUGUUCUGUUUGAGCCUGUUCACAGAGGCCGUCGAACAAUGCUACAGAUCAUAAUUUCAUAAGCUGUCCGUCCUAAGUGACAGAUGGCAAAUUUCCUACGUGUAGUUCAAUAUAAACGUUUGCUGGUUCUUUGAGAAUGUAGCACAUGCGUGCACUAUUUUGAUCAUAAUCACGCCUCACUUCUAAUAUCUGCCCCUCAGUGACUGUCAAGGGCAUGACCCAGACUGUGGGUGGGUGGCACAGGGCUGUGAUGAGAAUAGGGAGAGAGCAGGAGCCUGAGGGAUUUCAUGAGACAGUCUGACACCCCUCUAGAGCGUCUGGCUGACUGUGUCUGCUGGAUGACUUUUCGGGGGAGAGAUGAACAGAUGUGUCUUCAUCUCAGAUAGGACACAGAGAAACAGUUCCUCUGAUGGAGCUUAGGGAACCAGUGCAUUUAUUAAGAUUACUCAAAGGAGCUCGACUGACUCAAAAUCAGCUGCACCCUGGAAAAGCCCGUCUAUGCUAUCAGAAGGGGACAUCCCUGGAGCUCCCUGCCCAACUUCCAGGCACUGCUGGUCUUCCUUUCAGCAAUUUACUGCUUGUCUGAGGCAGUCUGAGGAGCCUCCCUCUUGGAAAGAAUGUUUCAGUUUGGAGAGAAGAGUUGUUUUAAGUCAGCCUUUUUCUUUUCUUUUUCUUUUUUAAAAGAUUUAUUUAUUAUUAUAUCUAAGUACACUGCAGCUGUCUUCAGACACUCCAGAAGAGGGCAUCAGAUCUCCUGAAGGAAGGUUGUGAGCCACCAUGUGGUUGCUGGGAUUUGAACUCAGGACCUUCCGAAGAGCAGUCAGUGCUCUUAACUGCUGAGCCAUCUCUCCAGGCCCGAUACUUUUUCUUAAAAUUUGUUUUAUUUAUACGUAUGUCUGCAAGAGUGGACACACCCGUGUGAAGACAGAAGAGCUCGUUCGAGCCCUUGGAUCUGGAGUUGCUGGCAUUAGUAGGAGGAUGGGGGCUUGUUACUGAACCACCUCUCAAGCCUCCCCUAACAGUUUCCUUUCAGGAAAUUUAAAGAGUCCAUCACCCCGUUCCCCUUGCCUCAAAACACAAUGUAAACUACAAAUUUUGACAAAGGCCUGAUUGCAGAUGUUGAAAAGCAAUGACUUCCAUUUAUGUGGGUCAUAGGUACAUAGGCACUUAGAAGGGCAUCAAAAAUGUGUGUGUGUGUACACGUGUGUACCUUUUAUUAAAAAGAUAAAUAAACUAGGUUUGGAAAAUUGAAAAUUCUUGGCAUAAAAAAGCCCAGGAAAGCUUGUCUAAGACAUGUUCUUUCCCAAAUUUUUGUUUCUCAGUAGGGAUCUUGAGGCUCCUGUUAGGUCCCAAACCCAGGACAAAUGGCUGAGGUGCCCAUUCAACAUAUCAAAAUUGACCUGAGGGCCAGGUUCUCCCAGCAUUCCUCAGUCCCUAUCUGUUACAGGGCGUGGCUGGCACACCCUACUCCAUACCCUAAAGUUCUCUAGCCCAGAGGAUUAGACUUCCCUUCCCCCAACUGCCCUUCCCUACAGCCAUUUUCGUUACCUGGUCUUCUUAUCUACUCUCUAGGCCCUGGCUGACUCUCUUGGCUGGAAGCUGCUCUCCUCUCUCUCUCUUCCCCUCUCUCAGGGUCACGUCCACUCUGGACUCUCCCAGAUGUCCCUGCCUUUGGCUAUGCUCUCCUACAUCUAUAUAAUAAACCUUCUCCGCCAUACUUAGGAGCAAUCCUCUCUCUCUCCUCCAGUUCCUCCCUCCCUCCCGCCUCGGUCUCUGUCUCCCUCCUUCCCCAGCUCCUAAGCACUGUGUGGUCUUAAUGGCUUUUGAAUUCCAUCUUAGGCUUCCGAGCAGAGUGUUGAUUCCAUUGUGGCUGACUUCGAAGGAAAGUCACUACUUUGGGACACAUUGCAAUGGAGGAAAGAGAGUUGGGGGCUGGUGCAACAUCCUUCUUUUUGAUUUGCAGGUGCACAGCAGGUACUUGGUCAUUAAGCUGGGACAGACAAGCUGAAUCAGUUGAUUUUUAACCACCCAGACAGUACUAGACACUCUGGUGCUUUCUAUUUAAAGGCAAACAAAAUGUUCUUCCUGUUUUCAUUUCUAAUUUACCACCGCACUCAACAUUUAAAUUUAAGGAACAAACGGCCUUCCUUUUUGUUUUUUUUUUUUUUUGAGACAGUGUCUUUCUUUACAGCUAUGGUUGUCCUGAAUUUACCAUGCAGACCUAGCUGUUCCUCGAACUCACAAAGAUCUUGUCUCUGCCUCCCCCGUGCUGGAAUUAAAGGCACGGGCCACCACGCCCAGCUCCAAGGAAAAGACUUCUAGGAGUGGCAAAUUUCUCUUAUUUAAAGUAGCCUCCUGCGUUCCUGAACAUCGAAGGAUUAAAUGAAGGGCUUGCUAGAGAAACUCCCUAUCUGGAACGUGGGAAGAUUCCUACGGUGGCUAAUAAGACAUCUCCAUCGUUUGCAUAUGUAAAGGACAAACUUAAACUGGAAUUUGGUAUUUCACGUUGUGCCUCACAAAAAAUGAGCUUUUAUCAAAGAACUAGGCAGCCGGGUUUCAAGUGGGUGGGUGUGUACUCAGCGCGGGCGCGGAGUUGGUUUUGUUCCCAGUAGAGUUGACUCCAGCAAUGGCGACUCACGGCCACACCGGGGCAGCCUCUCCUAGGCUGGCCGCCCAGCCAGGAAAAUCUCUUGGGCGAGCUGAAGCUGUUAGCCAAGUCUGGCCUGCCAUAGCUGCCAAGAAUUUAAAGGGGGUCUAGAAACAAGCAUCGUCGCUCUCUUUUAGAGCUCCUGGAGACUCUGGAUAGGAAGAGAAAAAAAAGAGAGAGAUAAAAACGGACAUAGUGGCUUUGUUGUUGUUUCACGGGGUCUUCAUGGUCCCCCAAGGUCCAGUUCACCGGGUCCCAAGGCAGAGAGAAGCCGGGCAAGAGGAGGGUCAGCCCGGCAGGCCCAGCCCGCCAGGGCGCGCCCCAGCUCAGUGCUCUGUGCCGGGUGACCCAGGAGGCGCGGGGGUGGGGUGGGCGUGGGGCGAAACACCACCACCCCCGCGGCCCGCCCCCCAGCCCGGCCUGUGAUUGGCUUGGGGGGCGCAAGUGCCCGCCCCGGCGAGCGGGAGGGUCCCCGUGGGCGCCGGGCGGCGCAGGCGGGGCGGGGAGAGCCGGCCGGGCGGAGCAGGCGAGGGGCGGGCGCGCGGGUCCCGGGGAUCGCCGAGCGGGCUUGGGGAGGCCGGGAGAGCCAUCGGCGGGGGCGGGAGCCCGGCGGGCUCAGCGCAGAGCAGGGAGAGCUCCGGGCCAGUCGCCGUUCGGCGCGCUCUCGGGAGCCGCCAGUCCGCGCGUCCCCGCAGCCUUCCGGGAGGAAGCGGCGCCGCGGCCGGGUGCAGCCUCACCUGCCGGCCCUUCCCCGCCGGGCGGCGCAGAAGGACAGAGGGUCGCGGCUCCGCGACGCACUUCAGCCAGUCGCAGCGUCCAGGACCCUGCGCGGGGCGCCGGCUCCAUGGCGACCGGGCUUGGGGAGCCUGUCUACGGACUUUCGGAAGAGGAGGUGAGUUCCUGCCCAGAGCGCUGUGCGGAGGGGACGGGGCCCACUCCACUGUGAGCGUCCCCUGCCAGCCGGGGCUCCAAGAUUCCGGGUGACCCCGAGCGGUCCCGGGCGGUGGGUGGCUGGUUCUCCCUCUUCACCCCGGAGGUGCGCUUCUCCGGCCUGGGCUCUCGGGGUGGGCAGAGGCCGCGUGCGCCGCUGCCCCGCGAGUCUCUUUCCUCCGCAAGCUGCGUCUCUCGAGGCUGUUGGGCAACUUUUCUGGACCACGAUCCUGCAGCCCGGAGUCCGUGACGUGUGUCACGUCUAGGUAGCCGCAGGGGUCUUUGCGUAGUGCAGGGGAUCUGGGGGCUGCCGAGGAACCUAGUGGUGUCUCCUCCCCCUGGGACUUUUCUUGCUAAUGGGCGCUCGGUAGCGGAUGUGUGCAGAUCCCGGCGAGAGCGAGGGACACCCGGAGAGUUGCGUGCGGCCGCUCCUGGGUCUUGCAAAGUCUGGAGCUAGGAUUGUGCGUUCCAGAGUCUCCUAUUUUGGUGUGUGGAGGUGAUCUAGGGAGGAGGCAGGUGCUGCAGGAAACUUAGGGGAAGCUUGCAGCCCUGCCAUUUCUCUCCAGUCCAGAGAAUUCAAAGCCCGGCAUCUCUGGGGUGGGUGGAGAGAAGAAAGCUCCAUUGAUCUCCUUUAUUAAUAAACGAAUGAAAUAAGCCACACCCCCCAAACGGUUGGUUUGACUGGAGAGGGCUUUGUUUUUAAAAGCCUCACUCGCUCAUCGCGGUCCCCACUCCCCCUUUUGAAACGAUCCUGCUAAAUCACUGUUCAGCCCUCACUCGACCAGCCAUUCUCGACUCUUAUUGGUGUGUUGCUCUGCCAAAAAGGGGGGUGGGAGGCCUGUCGCGGGCGCGGAGUGACAGGCAGGCUGCAUGGAGCAGGUAGGAGUGGUUCGCCAUCUGGCGGGGUGCGCGCCCAGGUCUGGCUCCCCUUUCGAGAGGUGAAUUUACAACCCAUGAAGCAUUACUCAGCAGGGAGGGAGAAUCCCGUAUCCUCAGAGUAAAAGUUGUUUCUGGAAUUGACCUCGCCAAGAAGGACAUAUUUGGAGCCAGCGACCCAUACGUGAAGCUGUCCUUGUAUGUAGCUGAUGAGAAUAGAGAACUUGCUCUGGUUCAAACCAAGACAAUUAAAAAGACGCUGAACCCAAAGUGGAAUGAAGAGUUUUAUUUUAGGGUAAAUCCAUCUAAUCACAGGCUCCUAUUUGAAGUAUUUGACGAGAACAGAUUGACACGAGACGACUUCCUGGGCCAGGUGGACGUGCCUCUUAGUCACCUUCCGACAGAAGAUCCAACCAUGGAGAGACCCUAUACAUUUAAGGAUUUUCUCCUGCGACCUAGAAGUCAUAAAUCUCGAGUCAAGGGGUUUUUGAGGUUGAAAAUGGCCUACAUGCCGAAAAACGGAGGUCAGGAUGAAGAAAACAGCGAGCAGAGGGAUGACAUGGAGCAUGGAUGGGAAGUGGUUGACUCCAACGACUCAGCUUCCCAGCACCAGGAGGAGCUCCCCCCUCCUCCCCUGCCGCCAGGAUGGGAAGAGAAAGUGGACAAUUUAGGCCGAACUUACUAUGUCAACCACAACAACAGGAGUACUCAGUGGCACCGACCCAGCUUGAUGGAUGUGUCCUCGGAAUCAGACAAUAACAUCAGGCAGAUCAACCAGGAGGCUGCACACCGACGCUUCCGCUCUCGGAGGCACAUUAGUGAAGAUUUGGAGCCUGAGGCCUCUGAAGGCGGUGGAGAAGGCCCUGAGCCUUGGGAGACCAUUUCAGAGGAAAUGAACAUGGCAGGAGAUUCUCUCAGCCUGGCUCUGCCCCCACCGCCUGCCUCCCCAGUGUCCCGGACCAGCCCCCAGGAGCUGUCGGAAGAAGUGAGCCGAAGGUUGCAGAUCACUCCGGACUCCAACGGGGAACAGUUCAGUUCUCUGAUUCAGAGAGAGCCCUCGUCAAGGCUUCGGUCCUGCAGUGUUACCGACACGGUUGCUGAGCAAGCUCACCUUCCACCGCCCAGCACCCCAACUAGGCGAGCCCGUUCGUCAACUGUCACGGGUGGUGAGGAAUCCACGCCAUCAGUGGCCUAUGUACAUACCACGCCGGGCCUGCCUUCAGGCUGGGAAGAAAGAAAGGAUGCAAAGGGACGCACAUACUAUGUCAAUCAUAACAAUCGAACCACAACUUGGACUCGGCCAAUCAUGCAGCUUGCAGAAGACGGUGCCUCCGGAUCAGCCACAAACAGUAACAACCACCUAGUCGAACCCCAGAUCCGCCGGCCCCGUAGCCUCAGCUCGCCAACAGUAACUUUAUCUGCCCCACUGGAGGGUGCCAAGGAUUCACCCAUCCGCCGUGCCGUGAAAGAUACCCUUUCCAAUCCACAGUCCCCUCAGCCAUCACCUUACAACUCCCCCAAACCACAACACAAAGUCACACAGAGCUUCCUGCCACCAGGCUGGGAGAUGAGGAUAGCCCCCAACGGCCGACCCUUCUUCAUUGACCAUAACACAAAGACUACAACCUGGGAAGAUCCACGGUUGAAAUUUCCAGUACACAUGCGGUCAAAAGCAUCUUUAAACCCCAAUGACCUGGGCCCUCUUCCUCCUGGCUGGGAAGAGAGGAUCCACUUGGAUGGCCGCACGUUUUACAUUGACCAUAGCAGCCAGGUGUUAUGUGGAGAGAAUGAUACCAGAGAGUCAGUGCCCUUAUACGAUAGUAAAAUUACCCAGUGGGAAGAUCCAAGACUACAGAACCCAGCCAUCACUGGUCCGGCUGUUCCGUACUCCAGAGAGUUUAAGCAGAAAUACGACUACUUUAGGAAGAAAUUAAAGAAGCCUGCUGAUAUUCCAAACAGGUUUGAAAUGAAACUUCACAGAAACAACAUAUUUGAAGAGUCCUAUCGGAGGAUCAUGUCUGUAAAGAGACCUGACGUCCUAAAGGCUAGGCUGUGGAUUGAGUUUGAAUCAGAGAAAGGCCUGGACUAUGGGGGCGUGGCCAGAGAAUGGUUCUUCUUACUGUCCAAAGAGAUGUUUAACCCCUACUAUGGCCUCUUCGAGUACUCUGCCACGGACAACUACACACUUCAGAUCAAUCCCAACUCAGGCCUCUGUAAUGAAGACCAUUUGUCCUAUUUCACCUUCAUUGGAAGAGUUGCUGGCCUAGCGGUGUUUCAUGGGAAACUCUUAGAUGGAUUCUUCAUUCGACCAUUCUACAAGAUGAUGCUGGGGAAGCAGAUAACGCUGAACGACAUGGAGUCCGUGGACAGCGAGUACUACAACUCUUUGAAGUGGAUCUUAGAAAACGACCCCACGGAACUUGACCUCAUGUUCUGCAUAGACGAAGAGAACUUUGGGCAGACAUACCAAGUGGAUCUGAAGCCCAACGGGUCAGAAAUAAUGGUAACCAAUGAGAACAAACGAGAAUACAUUGACUUAGUCAUCCAGUGGAGAUUUGUGAACAGGGUCCAGAAGCAAAUGAAUGCCUUCUUGGAGGGAUUUACAGAACUUCUUCCAAUCGACUUGAUUAAAAUUUUUGAUGAAAAUGAGCUGGAGUUGCUGAUGUGCGGCCUUGGUGAUGUCGACGUGAACGACUGGAGACAGCACUCUAUUUACAAGAACGGCUACUGCCCCAACCACCCUGUCAUCCAGUGGUUCUGGAAGGCCGUGCUCCUGAUGGAUGCUGAGAAGCGCAUCCGGUUACUACAGUUUGUCACAGGCACCUCCAGAGUACCCAUGAAUGGAUUUGCCGAACUCUAUGGUUCCAAUGGUCCUCAGCUGUUUACAAUAGAGCAAUGGGGCAGUCCCGAAAAACUACCCAGAGCUCAUACAUGCUUUAAUCGCCUUGAUUUACCUCCAUAUGAAACCUUUGAAGAUUUACGGGAGAAACUUCUCAUGGCUGUGGAAAACGCUCAAGGCUUCGAAGGUGUGGAUUAAGGAAGGCUCCAGCGUCCGGGGCACUGCCCUUCCAGCAAGUUCCAAGCGCACUUUUGCAUUUGCCGAGCAGACUUUUGCAGAGCCGGUGGCAGAAGCAGUGGCCUGGCCCGGCUCUGGAGCCCAGCUUGUCUGGGCCCUGCCCAAGUUCCGCCAGGGAACCCAGCCCCAGCUCAAGUGCCGCCCCCUCACCGCCAAUUCUCAACUGGUUGCCGUGUACACUGAUUACAUUUCAGGAGGACGUGUUCUAUUUAUGUUGUGCCUCUGCAGGCAAAGCCCUUAAUAAAUAUUUUGCAUACUUUCUAAUGACAAUGAAUGGAAUUAAUCACGCUACAGGUAUAGUAUUACAACUCAUGUUUACUUUUUAAAAUGAUUUAGACUGAUUUUCAGCUUUUAUUUCAUUACAAUUAAAGAUGUCUCAUGUACUUGGAAAAGUGAGCAUAUUUUUUUUUGUAUUUGAAUUUCAUAUCAAGCUUAAUGUCAGUGACAUUUUUUUAUUUUUGAAGUACUUUGACACUCCCAGCCUCUACUUUAUUAGAAUUGGAAGACGAAUUUUUCUUCAAAAGCCUUCUACAGACAAAUACUUUUGAAAGAACUUCAAAUAUAACAUUAAGCAUAAUAUUUUUUCCAUACUCAGAAUGAAAAUAAACUGGAUAUUACCUUUUUUUUUUUUUUUGUACAAAUUUAAAUACUAGGUCCAGGCUGGAAGAAUUGUAACAUAGCAUGAUAUCUUUGUGUUAACUUGAAAGGACUGACCCCAUUGUCCCUUAGAAGUACUGACGUGUGCCAUCACGCAUUUAAGACAGGAUUGGACUGUCAUCUCGCAUCAGAAACCGUUACAAUUUCCUGUUGCUGUACAGCCUCUUCUGAACUCUCUUCUCUCUUUGGUGUUCAUAGAGACAUUUCCAAUGGCAUUGCUUGAUUCAAAACCAAGGAAACCAGAACCAUUGAUCUUCUAUCUCUGUGAUUGCUAAGCAGUAGCCAAAUAACCUUCCUUUGCUGUAUCUGCGUCCCUUCUGAAGGCACUUUAUGGAGGUCACAUCUGGUUUUGUUUCCAUUUUUUUUUUUUUUUUCACGAAUAUCACUCGUGGCGAUUGCUCCUGCCUCCCUGCACAAGUCUAUCCGGUGCGGUAUCUAUCAGGUGUGAACUUGGCUGCUAGCGUAUGAACCCAGAUGUGACGCAGAGCCUCUGCAGCGAUCUUCUCCAACUGUUCUGUAAUCUCUACUCAACAAUAAGGUUUUAGUUACUGUAUACACUUAACCAAGUUGUGUGACCUAUGACCUACUUUGCAUGCUCUGAUACUGUGUGCCGCCCCCACCCCCACCCCCCAGGUCGUGUCUGUUGUGUGCUAGUUUAAAAGUGACCUAGAAAGCCCAGUAGGAACCACAGAGCUCAAGCUGUCUGGCUCAAGUGGUGGAAGAGUGAGGGAGUCUGCAGUUUGUAAGUCUCGUUCUGUUGUGUUCUGAGAAGAUGCCUGAGGCAGUAUGGGAGUUUCAACACCCCUGCUGUCCCUUUAACUUGUAUUGUCCUAGACCCUGUCCUGGAAGUUAGAGGACGUGGGGUAUUUUUUUUUUUGAUCUCUUGCCAGUUGUGAAUAAGACAGAAAGACUGUGUUCUCUGUUACGUAAGAAGGGUCUUUGGUAGAAGAAAUUGCUCGUGUUUACACAGCUGUGGAUGCCAUGAAGAAGCCGUGGACAUUCUUGGUGGGUGAAGCCCUAGACGAUGGAAUCCUACCAAGCUGAACGUCGGCUUCUAUCCAUAUGCUAUCGAGUAAUUAUAGAAGCAAUUAACACUCACUGUUCUUGCCUCUGGUGAGAUAUUUUUCUCCUGUAGUUAACAGAUAUUGGGUGGGGGGAGGGGAGAUACUUUUUUUUUAAUAACCUUCCAAGUCCAGAACCAUCUCUGUUAUAGAGUGUGCCAAAGCCUGAGCUAAGCAGUGUAUUUUAAUCGAAGAAGAAACCAAAAUCUGUUCUAAGAACUGGGGUUCUAUACCUCUGUAGGCCCUUUAUUGAACAGCAUUAUUCACUAGAUGCAAAGGGAGCCAGCAAGAUGGCUCAGUGAGUCUGGGUGCUUGUCACCUAGCCUGACAUUCUGAGUUCAAUCCCUGGGACCCGCCUGAUAGGAGAGAACUGACUUCUACAAGUUGUCCUCUGACCCAAUAGAUUUACAAACAAACAAACAAAAGAUUAAAAAUAAGAAAAGAGGACUUAAUUCUGAUCUUUUCUAAGCCAAGAGCAGAAAAGACUUCUUAAAUCCACUCCAGGGAAUACUUGAAAGGCAAGUCAUUGUGACUAACACUUCAGUUCAUUGGCCCAUGAUCAUUUCAGAUUUUAACAGCUGUUACUGUUAUUGGAGAUCGGAGAGUUGGCCUGUUAGAAAUUAAAAAAUACAGUACAGCUUGCCGUUCCUCUGGUUUGUGAAGUUUCACUCGUUGCCUAAAAUGCCCGAUGCCUCGUCUCCAGACCUUGCUGCCCUUGCCUGGUCAUCUUUGUACAGUAAUUGUAAAUGGCAGUGGAGACUAUGGUGUUCCUGAGGGGCAAUGGCAGGUCACUCUCCCGAUCUCCCUACUACCAGCCAGGUGCUGUUUCCUUCUGAGCUGUGGAGAUCACACCAUCCUGUCGCCCUGCAAAUAAUUGUGGAUCAUUUACCUUGAGGCUGCAGAGUGGGUUCCAGGACUCUUACUUCACUGUGGAGGGACUUCGAGCAUCAGGUGGCUCUCUCAUGUUCCUGCCCCCUUUACUCCAUGCCAAACCUGGGAUUAGACAGCCUGCUGGCUCCAGAAAAAAGGUCUUGGUAGGCAUUAGUCUAUCCUAGGUGCCCCCAGUGCACUGUCCUUGUCUGUCUGAAGCACCCAUCUCUACCUUCCCUGGCCAGUCCUCUGACGGUUCACAAGGGCCAGAGAUAUGGACUUUAUUUUUGUUCCCAGGACUGAUGUAGCUUAGUGGCAAGUGUCUCCCUGGCAUGUACUUAGCUGUAGAUUUGAUCCUCAUUGCUGGGACUGGGGACGGGGUGGAUUAGAAACAAAAAUUCUGUUUCUGAGGACUUUUAGCAAGAGACAGAAAAUCCUGCCAUUCUGGUUGGAAAUUAUAUAAACCAACAUGACAAUAACUGUUUCCCCCCAAAAGGCUCAGGAGCUGACUUUUAGAAGUGAGGUUCAAAGUCUUUAACCACUUCUGAAUCUCAUAUGGCCUGUUGCUCUUGGUCUUGCUAGACUCCCGUUUGUUCUAAGAGUCAGGCUUAUGUAUAGCAGCUUCUAGCUGGUUCUCUAUUAUCCUGGUAAUAUUGUUUCUCAGCUCUGAAAUUUGAAAGUCUACGAAGAAAGCCUGGGUUCAUCAGCUGCCCAGCCCCACCUCUCCACUGAGCGCUCUCUCUCUCUCCAUCUCCCUCUCUCCCUCUUUCCCUCUCUCCCUCUCUUCCUCCCUCCCUCUCUCCCUCUCCCCCUCAACAGAAGGAAGGCUAUCUGUUGUCAUUCUCUUCCUGGCCAGUAGGAGUGCUGCUGUGCAGGGUCACUGCCUGCCCUGCUCCCUCUCUGGCUCCCAGAAGAUCACAUGCUACCUCUGUCUCAUUUACAAAUUGGGGUAUAUCCUAAGUCAUGUCAAACUGCCGAUUUCAGGACUGGGAUGUGUUUUAAAAAAAAAAAAGAAAAAACAAAAACAAAAAACUUAAACUCCACUUUGUACCUUAGAUUUUAAAACUGGGUAGAAAUGUAAUAUACAUUGGACCACUUUUUUAAGCCUUAAUGAACAGUGUAUAUACAUCUGUGUAUGCACACUCCACCCCAGAGUGUUUUCAGUGUGCCAGAGAAGCAGCUGUAGCGUUAGGACAUGAGCCUGUCUAGUGUUUCCUAGGAAAGGGAUAGUUUUCUGUUGGUAUAGCAUUUUCUAAGGAAACUACUCACUCAGCGCCUACCCUUUGUUAGAAGUGUUGACGCUCCAAGCACGCGUGUGAAGCACCAUGUAUCUUGGCCGGUUUCAUAUUUGUAAGAAGCACCGGUAGGAACCUAAGAGCAUCGGUUGGAGUGUGACCUCUGAUGCCCCUGCAUUCCCGCCACUGUGUCUCUGUGUAUUGAAAGCCUCUCCUGUGACCACAGCCUGUGUUGACAGAUGUCUGUCUGUCCCUGUGCAAUCCAGUCUGGGCCUCAGACUCAGACUGCUGUAUCUAGCCUACGUUGUCACAAUUUCCUUCUCUGUUAACUCUGUGACUGUUCUUCCUUUUGCUACUCUCGACGUAACAUAUAUACAUAUGUGUGUGUGUGUGUGUGUGUGUGUGUGCUAUCCAAAUAUAUUUGUAUAUAUUUGUAUAGCAUUUUUACACUUUAGGAGUAAUCUGGAAUUCAAAAGGGAAUGAGAGCUUACUCCCUUCCACAGUUUCCUCCAAGCCCUGUCCUGAGAAUUCUGACCCUCGACACCUGAGAGAACCCUAGAAGGACAUUAUUAGCUUGCUGUCAUUUCUGAACCCAGGAUCUGUCAUCAAAUGAAACAUGUUUAAAAAGUGACUCUGAAGGUGAAAAGAGUUUCAAGCAUUCCAAAUGAAUUCUCAGCGUUUCUUAACUUUUUAUUAUGACCCCCCUCCCCGCCCGCCACACACACACACACACACACACACACACACACACACACACACACACACACCUCCUAACGCAAAGCUGAGUGCUAUUUGAUACAAUAGUCAAAACCAAACUACCUUGACAUUUUUCUAAGACAGCUUAAUGGCUGAUGCUCGUCUUCACAGCCCGUGGCGGGCUUUAACGUAGCUCGAAUCUGGUACACGCAUAAAGUUUUACGGUCAAGUCCUUUUCUUUCUUCUUGAGAGACCUAAAGAGAUACUGUAGCUUGUUUUUCUGAUGGCAAAUGGGAACUGUGACAAAGUGAAGUCCUUGUAAAGCGGUGAUACAACUUGUCAAAUAUUUAAUAAAGAAUUACGGAAGCUGGAA